GUCACUAGUAUCAAAUGUCAAAAAUCUACCGCUCAGUAAAGAGUCGUUUUUCGCGUUUUUCUUUGCUGAUCGGCUUCCUGUUUAAUGUAGAAUAGAGAAAAAGUUGCUUUUCUCGAGAAAAAGUCCCAAGAAAAUUGUUUAAUAUGGAGACCCGUUCUGCGAACAACGUUUCCGGUAUAAAUUUUAUAGACAAAGGUCCAAAUAUUUGUCGAAUUUGUUUGGCUAAUGGCGGUCCGCUUCCUGGAAAUGAUCAUUCCAAGGGAAUGGAAUCAAUCUUCAGCACGAUCCGGGAAUACGAGGAGAAAAGUUUGUACGGUAUCCUGGUGACGGUGUGUGCUCCGCUUGGCAAUCGUGAGAUGCUGAAAGGGGUGCCGGAACGAAUCUGCCGUGGUUGCAAAUGGCGUCUGCUGUCCGCUUACGAGCUGUACGAGACCUGCCUGCGGAGCGACGAAAAAAUGCGUGCAGCCUUCGAGGCGAGAAGACAGCAGGAACAACCACAACAAAUACAAAUCAAGCAGGAAAUUUCGGAUAGGGAUGAGGAAGAGUACAAUCAUAAUAAUGCUCCAAGUGUAGAUAUGUCUACUUUUAUGUCGGAGAGCAGUUAUUUCCCUGAAGCGGAGAGCACAGAGUUUUUAGAUCAAUCAACUGACUUGUUAGAGGAAAUGGUUCCAGCUGUAGAUCCAAAUGAGUCAUUAUUUGAAGAGCAUUAUAAACUGAAUGAAAGGGGAAACCACUGCUGUGGAAUUUGUGAACAAGAGUUUCCUUACAAGAGCACAUGCCGAACACACAUCAUCGUGAAACAUGAUCCAACAAAGCCAUUCAAAUGUGAUGUGUGUCACUUUACGCUAACGACGGAACUCCGACUUAUAAGGCAUAAAGCGACCACCCACGGAGUAGGCGUUUUCAAAAUCGAUGAGGUUGCACCAGAAGAGUCGCAAGGAGACUCAAUUUUUUCUUGCAAGAUUUGUUCCAAAGAAUUUAAUUCGAUUGUGCGUCUAAAACGGCACAAAAAUGUCCACGUAGCCUACAAUAGGCCAUUCAAAUGUGAAAUUUGUUUGUACCGAUUCCCGAAUCGAGCUCAAUUUACACAGCACUUGAAAACACAUCAGGAAAAAGCGGAUGAAGCUGAGCCGGGUUCCGAACAGGACGACUGGAAAUGCGAACAUUGCGAAGAAAAACUGCCCGGUAAACGAGCUUUAACAAUGCACACUCGGCGUUUUCAUCCGGAGACGCUUCAGAACGAAAAAGAAAAGAAUGAUUAUAAAUGCAUUAUUUGUUCGGAAGAAUUUGCCCGAGAGAGCGUUCUUAACACGCACAUGAAAAUGCACGAACUGAUGGCAUUCGAAAAGGAAAAGGAACAACGUAGGGAACUAGAAUUGUUAAUAAAGACGGAACUGCAAGCUGCCAAAAGGGAGUCGCUAUCAUAUACCACUCCCGUUGUGGAUACUAAUGUCAGUAAUGGCAAUACGAACACGAACGUCAACGCCAACAACAAUACAGUGAGUGCAAAGAAGAAGAGCGAUGCGGACGUUGCAUUUGUUUGUAUGGUCUGUGAGGAGGAAUUCGAGGAGCGCGACUUUUUGCUGAAGCAUCAGAAAAAUCUGCAUAAAGAACUUCAACUUAACAUUGUUCCCGGUGCCGUGGAGAAUGCUGAUGAAGUGCCGGACGUGUCAAUGGAAGAUUCUCCCGAGGAUGAAUCAAUGGCAGUAGACAUCGAUCCGGCCGAGCUGAUGUCCCAACCGCAAUCAGAAAAUGAUCCGACGAAAGGUCCUCCUGUUCCACCACCAAUGCCCAAGUGCCAUCUCUGCCAGAAGUCCUUCCUGUAUAAUUGCUUGCUGCAAACCCACAUCAAGAACAGUCAUAGCGAGGCUAAGCCGUUCGAAUGCAAAGUGUGCCAUAUGCGUUUCGGCUAUCGCGGUACUCUACAGAAGCACGAAUUGAUACAUUCCGCUCAGAAUAUUCGCCCGGGAGGGCACGGUUCCAUAAUGUACAAAUGUAAGAUUUGCCUUGCCAAAUUCUUGGAGCUUAAAGCUCUCACUUUCCACAUUCGAAGUCAUCGAAACUCUUUGCCCGUGGAACCAACCCAUACGAAGAAGAUAGAAAUAUUCCAGUGCACCUACUGUCCACAAAUUUUCAACGAUAAGGAGGCAUACGAUGAACACCAAACGAAGCAGCAUCCUCUGAUGCAAUCUCAGCAGACUGCGAUCAAACAGCAACCAUCGUCGACAGCACCACCAGUCCAGUCACAAGCACACCAUCAUUCACGGAAGAAUCCCGACCCGAAACGGUUGGUGGAGCGGGUACCAAAGAAUGAGAAGGAACUAUUCUUCGAUAGUCUGUCAAUCGUCAAGGUUGAACGCCAAUAGGAAUCGGCGGAAUUUAGUGUGAAGAUUUUUGUAAGAUCAAAAAGAGUGUAAGAUGUAAAGACAAAAUUUCGCAUUAGCGGUACUGGUAAGUACUUAGGAUUUAAGUAAUCGUGAAGCCAUUAUUAUGCAGCAUACUUUUAUUGGGGGUAAAUAUUGACUUUAGCCUAUAGAUUCGGCGUUUAUUGUGUUACCGAAACAGAUGCUACAGGUGUAUUAUAAAUCAUUGACUUUACGUGAUGUGGAAUUUGUGAUUGAUUUCAUAAGUGUUUGAAUAAAUAGACGAGAUGUA